AUGAAUAAAUCAUUUAUAUAUAAUAAUACUUUAUUAAAAAUUAUUAUAAAUUCUUUUAUUUCUUUACCCACACCAAUUAAUAUUAAUUACUGAUGAAACUUAGGAUCUUUACUUGGCCUAUCUCUUUUAAUUCAAUUAAUUUCUGGAAUUUUUUUAUCUAUACAUUACUGUCCCUCAACUGAAAUAGCCUUUAACAGAAUUAUUUUAAUCAUACAAGAUAUAAAUUAUGGUUGAAUUAUACGGAUUAUUCACAGUAAUGGGGCUUCAAUUUUUUUUAUUUGUAUAUACAUCCAUAUCGGCCGAGGAAUCUACUACCAAUCUUUUAAUUUAGUAAAAACAUGAAUUAUUGGAGUCAUAAUUCUCCUUUUAACUAUGAUAACAGCAUUUUUAGGGUAUGUACUACCCUGAGGACAAAUAUCCUUUUGAGGAGCGACUGUUAUUACUAAUCUUCUAUCUGCAAUUCCCUAUAUUGGCCAAACUUUAGUAGAGUGAAUUUGGGGGGGAUUCGCUGUAGAUCUCCCAACACUUAAUCGAUUUUAUUCAUUUCAUUUUAUCUUACCUUUCAUCAUUACAUUUAUAGUAAUUAUUCACUUAACCCUCCUUCAUGAAUCUGGGUCUUCAAAUCCAAUAGGGAUUAAUAGUAAUAUAUAUAAAAUUUUAUUUCAUAAAAAUUUUUCCUUAAAAGACUUAAUUACUUUUAUUAUUUUAAUUAUUACUUUUUUCUAUUUUAUAUUCCAAUACCCUUUUCUUUUAAGUGACCCAGAUAAUUUUAUUAAAGCUAAUUCAAUAAUUACUCCUAUCCAUAUUAAACCAGAAUGGUACUUCUUAUUCGCCUAUGCUAUUCUCCGAGGCAUCCCCAAUAAAUUAGGGGGAGUAAUUGCUCUUCUAUCUGCAAUCUUAAUUUUAUUAAUUCUCCCUUUUAUUAGAACUCCCCAUAAAUUUAAUUUUAAAUUUAACCCUCUUUAUCAAAUUAAUUUUUGAAUACUUUUUUCGACAUUUUAUAUACUAACUUGAUUAGGAGGACAAGAAAUUGAAACUCCAUUUAUUGAAUUAACUCAAUUAUACUCAAUCCUAUAUUUUAUGCUUUUCAUAAAUAUAAACUGACUCAAUAAAAUUUGAUUAACUCUUUUAUUAGAUAAAUAA